AUGGCACGCUUGCUCCGUCCCGUUUUAAAAUUUCUCGAGUAUUACAAUGAUCUAGACCUCCUUGAUAAAUUUACCCCAACAGUCUUAGAAGACCGCUCCUUUGAGGGCGCGAUAGUUGCCGUUCUCCGCGAUCACUUUGAUAAGUGGGCGACGACGGCACUACGAGAGGAACAGGGUGUCCAGAACGCUAACCGUGGAUGGGCCGGCCGAUACCAAUUUUUCGUCAUGGUGGACCAGGAGACUUUAGAAUCGGUAUUAAGGGCCCCGGAUGAUGAUAAGGACACGGGGUUUGUUCGUCUGGUUCAAGCGGGAUGGGCGCCGGAGGAGCUGGAUGAGGAUGAGUUAAGGGAACGUAAUGGAGCUGAGCCAGAAAAGGAGCCACUGGAGGGGUGUACUAAACAUGAUGUGGGUUGGAUGAAUGUGCGCUACCGUGAUGUAGAGGUAUCAUUCGUCCAUAUGACCGAUUCCAAUCACUGGGACAUUUAUUAUUCUCGUGCCCCGGAGAGUCAGAAACUGUGGUAG